AAAAGUAUUCAGACACAUCAAAAACAUUCCUCGAUUUUACAAUAUAUAUUUUUUAUUUUUCAACAAAAAUGUUUGACACAACUUGGAGAAGAUGCCAUACCAACUGGAGCCAUGAGCGAAACCUGCAGCUAGGCAACCUGAAGAAACGCUGUGAGGAAGUUGGCGUGGAUAAAGAAUAUGCUGUGUAUGAGAGACGCAUUCGACUCGAUGCACUCACCGUGUUUAUAUUGCUGCAUUCGGUAAUGACAAUUAUUUGCUGUACAUUGCUGAUAAAGACAUCUAUGCACACUGAACUCAUCUUUAUCGAUGUGUUACUCUAUGCGUUAGCAAGUCUGUUCAUCAUCUUUGUGUUAAGCAUCAACUAUAAGGAAGCUAAUAAGAAAUGGGUCGUAUACGUAACGUCGAUAAUUGCCGUCAUGACACUGGUCUCAGUUGAUAUGGCAAUUCAUUUCAUUCAUUACUAUGCCCACUAUUGGGAUCUCAAUUUCCUCUACGACACCUAUGUGCUCUUUGUUAUUUAUAUGUUCUUGCCCAUGCCUACGGUUAAGGCUCCGGUAUUGCUUGGCUGCUCCAUAAGUUUCUUAUACAUUUUCUUCUUUUUCAUCGAGACGUUCUUCUACAACAAAGUUGAGAUCAAACAUAUCGACAAUUUGCUUAACAUUUCCAUCGAUUUGGUCGAUUACAUUUGGUUCAAUUUGCUGGGAACGUUCUUUCGCCUCAUGACCGAUAUCAUUGUACGUUCAUCGUUUCUCGAGCGCCAUCAAUUUAUGACUGAGGACAUUAUGCUCAAGGGUGCUCGUGAGCAAGAGAAAAUGCUGCUUCACAGCAUUCUGCCACCGCAAAUAGCCCAACCCUUUCAGGAUGAUAUUCGCAGUCGCAUUGCGGUGUCGGGCAGGCGACACGGAAUGCGCAGUCGCCAUCAUCAGCAGACCAAGGAGCGCAUCAUGGCUAUUCAGACACACUCGGAUGUGACUAUACUCUAUGCGGAUGUUGUGAACUACACUCACUUGACCACAACGCUGUCCGUGGAAGAGCUGGUUACUGUCCUGCACGAUCUGUAUGCCAGCUUUGAUGUGGCCGCCUCUUUCUACAGGACGCAACGCAUCAAGUUCUUGGGAGACUGCUAUUAUUGUGUGGCUGGUUUAUCGGUGCCCGAUCCUGAUCAUGCCAAGUGCUGCAUCAAUUUAGCGCACGCCAUGAUUGCACACAUUCGGGAUGUGAGAGAGUCACGCAACUUGGACAUUGAUAUGCGCAUUGGAGUUCACUCAGGCAGUCUUCUAGCUGGAGUUAUUGGUUCUGCCAAGCUGCAGUACGAUAUUUGGGGCGAAGAUGUUGUGAUUGCCAAUAAACUGGAGUCGACGGGAGUGCCAGGACAUUUGCAUAUUAGCGAAAAAACACUGUCGCUCAUGGUUGAUCAUAACUUUGAGAUUCUGCCGGGCACUCAACAGGCUCGAGAUGAUAUUUAUCUUCGAGAGCACAACAUUAAAACUUUUCUAAUUGCGGCUACUGAUAUUACGAAUUCUCCAGCUAUUAGUAAGAUGUCCACGGCAUUUUAUGUACUUCACCCUAAGGACAAAAGCAAACCAAUAAAUUUAGAUGUGCACGAGGAAUUGCGUAAAGAAUUUGCGGAGAUGCCAUCAGGAAUUUUAUCCUCCAUGUUUAAAUUUUUGAGUCACAAAGGUGAUGGAAGACGUCCAUUACUUGGAUUCGUUUUCUUGAACUUUCGCGAUCCCACGCUUGAGUACAAUUUCAUGCAAGAACCAGACCAUUUAUUCAAAUAUUGCAUUCUUCUAUCCUGGGUGGUUUACAUAAGCCUGUUCUACGUUCAGUCUGUGGAUAGUACUACAUUGCAUAGCGUCAACUAUGUGAUGCAUGCGUUAAGUUUCAUCUUCCAGACUGUCGUCGUCUUCAUCAUGUGGUAUAAAUGGCUGUGCCAUUGGCGUUAUCACAAACAGGUGCACAGAUACUCCAAAUACAGUUGCUUUAUAUUCUAUUGUUCUCAUGAAAUACAACGCAAUCUCAUUGCCCGUCUCUGUAUUUAUCUGUUCACCAUCUUGAUGUACUUUCUGAUCAUAGGCUUAGUGUUGAUGGAUUGCGAUCCGACCGAGUUUGUGGUACUUCAUAUUGAGAGUAAACUGUAUCUUUACGAGAUGAGCAGUAGUGUCUGCUUUCAGCCCUGGGUGCUCACCAAAAUGAUUUGCCUCAUCAUUGGCGUCACACUCAUAUUUACUGGCAUUCCGCUGACCGUGAAAAUUGUGAUCGGCAUUGUGGAGGCUUCCAUUUAUGCGAUUGUAAUAUUCUUUCAAUACGAUUAUUUGUUUCGCAAUAGUAGCUCAACGAAUCCCACAUUUGAUCCGGAAAUCUGUCAUUGUCUAUUGGUGUCAAUCACAUUGUUGAGUCUCUACUUUAUGGAGCGCCAAGUGGAGUUUAACAACAAGAUCAACUACAACUGGCGAGUUGAGUUGCUGAAUAAGCAGCAAGAUGCUCACAUCACCAACAAAUCGAUAACUAUAUUGCUGCACAAUCUGCUGCCUACUCAUGUUGUUAAAUUGUAUAUGACUUCGCUGGAGAAACACGAAAUGUAUUUCGAAAGCCACAAGAUGGUUGCAGUGAUGUUUGCUACGCUCAAAAACUUUGAAAUGGACAUGUCCAAGUUGCGUUUUCUCAACGAGAUUAUCUUUGAAUUCGAUGCAGUUUUAUCGCAUUAUAAAAAUGAAUGCCUCGUGGAUAAAAUCAAAAUUGUUGGCUGCACUUAUAUGGCUGCCUGUGGCUUGCAUAUACGAGAGAAAAGAUCUCAGACUACUUUCAGCGAAACUGAGAUCUCCUGGAGAGAUCGUCAUGCAAGUCCUACGGCAAACUCUCUACGACGAGAAGUCUCGCGAGCCAAAGAACAUAUGGAAUCAUUUGCGCUCAGAACUCAAGGAGUGACUUCUCAUCCGAAUGAUGACGUUGUAUUUGUGAUAACCUUGUUUGCCUUGGAUCUGAUGCGUACAGUUUGGACCAUCAAUAAGCUGUAUAAAUCGAUUCCUUUGGACAAAAUGUUUGCCGGCGAGCUGAGUAUUGGGAUUUCGAGUGGCGAGGUCAUGGCAGGCGUGGUGGGUGCUUCGCAGGUGCAUUACGACAUCUGGGGCAAUCCGGUGAAUAUGGCAUCCCGUAUGGAUUCGACGGGUCUGCCGGGCUUCAUACAGGUUACUGAGGAAUCGGCUGAUAUACUGCGACGUUGCGGAUUGGAAUGUGACUAUCGAGGCAUGACAUAUGUCAAGGGUCGCGGCAUAUUGCCAACGUAUUUCGUUGGCAUCGAUGAUAAUCUGGAGUUCAGAAGCCGAGACGAUUGGAAUGGAGAAAAUAUGUAACCAAUAUACUUUAUAUAUAU